AAGUCAUUUUAGAGAAACAAAUAGGUCUUAGUUGGUAUCUUGCAGACCUGAUGAGAUGAAUUACAAACCAUUGACAAACAAAGCAGACGAUAGCUCGGUCACACUGGAACACUUUGCAGGUACUUUGAUGUUUAUUAUAUUAAAUAAUGUCUAUUAUAAAUGUUUUAGUUGACAAACGCAUUCAAGAGAGACAAAUUUUGUGUGUGUGUGUGUGUGUGCGUCCUGCAUUGACCUGCGGGUGGCGCUCUCUCGUCGUUCAUGCAUCUGUGUGUGUGUGUGGCCCCGUUGACCCCUUCCUCAAUGGAAUUUAAAAUGAUUAAAGACCCCGGAGACAUUAGAUAUUUUAUAAAUCAUUUUAGUCCGCGAAAUCGGACCCCGUUUUACAGACUUUGAGUCUCAAAAACCCCUUUGGACGUCCACGUGAACGAGGCCCAAAUGGUCCUAACUACAAGAUCACGUCUUCCCCCCCAAUUCUCUACUGAAGAAAAGCCAUUAAACGUGACAGAUUUUGGAGGGUCUCCGAGGCUUAAAACAGAAGAUCGCAGAGAGAGUGGGGCGGCAGGGUUGGAGAAGAUAAGGACACGAGGAGGAGACGAGGGAGGAAAGGAGGACAGGAAGCGCUGGGAUUUCCUCUGGAUGUGAAGCGGUUGUUCGCCUGCACUCGGCCACAGAGUCAGAGAGAGAGGAGCCGCUGCUUUGUGAGGUCUACAAGAGCUUUCAUUUUGUAGAUCUAGCUGGAAAAGGCAUUAGAUGUCAGAUUUUUUGGCGAGGGAGGGGCUUUUAUUUUGACAAAGUCAUUUGCCGAGAUUCUUUUAGAGAAACCCUAUAACUGCAUUUCCCUCGAGCUGUGGAUCAGAACCUCCUCUUCUCUAGGAGAAGGUCAGUGGCUUGGUCAGUUUCGGCCCCCUUGUUCCGGGGGAGGGGAGGAGACAUGUAAGUGACCUCGCCCCCCCGCCCCCCCCCCUCCUUAUCUACUGAGCUCAGUCACCUGUUAACAACAGAAGCGAGCACCUUGAGGAGACACCAUGCUGCGUUGCGUUCUCCAGCGGGCCAACAACCUCAGGCACUCGGACCCUCUGGUCAGCGUCACAUUCAGAGGGUCCAAGAAAAAGACAAAGAUCAUCAAGAACAACCCCAACCCCGUCUGGAACGAGGGUUUCGAAUGGGACCUGAAGGGGAUCCCGCUGGACUCGUGCGCCGAGGUCCACUGCGUCGUCAAGGACCACGAGAAGAUGGGGAGGAACAGGUUCCUGGGGGAAACUCGGCUCGGCCUCAGAGACGUUCUCAACUCUCCCAACCUGGCCGCCACCUUCACCGUGUCCCUGCUGGACACCAAGAGGAACAUCACAGGGGCCACGCUGACCCUGCAGGUCUCCUACGUCCCCCCCCCGGGGUCGGCUCCAGUGUUCCAGCCCCCCUUCCAGCACGAGACUCCGCCCCAUAACAGCAACCCCAACGUGGAGAUGGACACGGUCACCAUGAUUUCUCUGGACACGCUGGGGGAGGAGGACACGGAGAGCAUGAUCAUGCUGGAGCCGCCGGAGGACCAGGGCCCCGACGACGGGCGCUCCAUGGUCAUCGUGGGGCCCCAGGGGCCCCCGGGCCGGGAGUCCCCCACGGCGCAGGCGCCGAAGCGCUCGCCGCCCUCCUACAACACCCCCGGCGGGGGGCUGAGGAAGAGGAGGAGGGGCGCCAGCGGUCAGCCGAAACCGCUGGCCGACAAACCGCAGGACUUGCAGGUCCGCGUGCGGGUCAUCGAGGGCCGACAGUUGCCGGGCAUCAACAUCAAGCCCGUUGUCAAGGUAACGGUGGCCGGGCAGACCAGGAGGACCCGCAUCAGAAAGGGCAACAACCCCGUCUUCGACGAGACGUUCUUCCUCAACUUCUUCGAGACUCCAUCGGACUUGUUCGAUGAACCGAUCUUCAUCACCGUGUGUGACUCCCGCUCACUCAGAACGGAUGCUGUGAUCGGUGAAUUCAAGUUGGAUGUGGGCACCGUCUACCAUGAGCACAGGCACUGCUUCUUGAGGAAAUGGCUGCUGCUCUGUGAACCCGACGACCUCUCUGCCGGGGUCAAAGGUUACCUGAAGGUCAGCCUGUUGGUUUUGGCCGCUGGAGACGAGCCGCCGGCCGAUAAACGCGUGUGCGUUGAAGACAAAGAAGACAUAGAAGCAAACCUGCUGAGGCCGGCCGGUCUGUCUCUGCGAGGAGCCACGUUCACCCUGAGGAUCUUCAGAGCCGAAGACCUGCCGCAAAUGGACGACGCCUUCGUGGAUGGCAUGAGGCAGAUUCUCGGCUUUGACAGCAACAGGAAGAACCUGGUGGAUCCUCUGGUGGAGAUCCACUUUGCUGGAAAAACUGACCGCACUAAGACUAUGGAGAAGAACGCCAACCCACAGUGGAACCAGAGCCUGGCCAUGCCCAUCAGGUUUCCCUCCAUGUGUGAGAAGAUGAGGAUCCGGAUCCUGGACUGGGACAGAGCCAGUCACAAUGACGUCAUCGGCACCACCCACCUCUGUAUGUCUAAGAUCUCCGCCCCCGGUGGCGAGAUAGACGAUGACGUGACUCCACGGACCGUCCACUCCGGCAUUGACGACAGUCUGGGUUUCCUGCCGACGUUCGGCCCGUGUUUCGUGAACCUGUACGGCAGCGCGCGGGAGUUCACCGCCUUCAACGACCCUCACGAGGCGCUCAACCUCGGAAAAGGGGAGGGCGUGGCCUACCGGGGUCGAGUUCUACUGGAGCUGACGACCAAACUGACGGACAAGCCGGAGCAGAAAACCGAAGACAUCCCAUCGGACGACCUGCUGGUGGUGGAGAAGUUUCUCCGGAAGCGGAAGUACUCCCUCUUCGUGGCGUUCUACUCGGCCACGCACCUGCAGGACGUCGACGACGCCGUCCAGUUUGAGGUCAGCGUCGGCAACUACGGCAACAAGUUCGACUACACCUGCCUGCCCCUGGCCUCCACCACCCAGUUCAGCAGGGCCGUGUUCGACGGCUGCCACUACUACUACCUCCCCUGGGGGAACGUUAAACCGGUGGUGGUUCUGUCUUCAGCGUGGGAAGACAUCAAGCCGAGGAUCGAGGCUCUCAACAUGCUGCUGGCCAUCAUAGAGCGGCUGGAGGCGAACCUGCAGCGGGUGCAGCUGGAGGUGAAGGCGGGGGGCGAUCUGGAGGAGGUGGAGCUCCGAGUGGUGGAGCUGUUGGAUCAGCUCAUCGCGGACUGCAGUGAAGAGCUGCCCUCCAUCGACCAGUGGCAGUGUGCGACCCCGCUGGACCGCUCGCUGAGGCACGUCCGUUCUCUCCACCUGCAGCAGAUCGUGGCGGCGGCGCAGGCCCUGAAGUACGGGGACGCCACCGAGCUGUCCGCGGUGCUGGAGCAGGCCGAGGACUGGGCCGGCCGGCUGAGGACGAUCGCCGAGGAGCCUCAGAACAGCCUCCCGGACAUCGUGAUCUGGAUGCUGCAGGGCGACCGCCGGGUGGCGUACUACCGCAUCCCGGCGCACACCGUCAUCUUCUCCCAGCAGCACUGUGGGAAGCACUGCGGACAGCUGCAGACCGUCUUCCUCAAGAACCCGCAGGGCAGCGGCGGAGAGGCCAAACUACCGGGUCAGCUGAGGGUCAAAGUCUGGUUCGGCCUGGCCGCCGAUGUCAAACACUUCAACCAGUACGCCGAAGGGAAGCUGUCGGUCUUCGCCGAGACGUACGAGAACCAGACCCGACUCGCCCUGGUGGGCAGCUGGGGAACUACAGGUCUGACCUACCCGAAGUUCAGCGACCUCACCGGACGAGUGAAGCUGCCCAAAGAGAGCUUCAAACCCUCUCCGGGCUGGACCUGGACCGGAGACUGGUACAUCAGCCCCGAGAAGACACUGCUGUAUGACGUGGACGCCGGUCACAUGACCUUCACAGAGGAAGUGUUUGAAAACCAGAUGAGGUUGCCGGGCGGACAGUGGAUCGGCAUGCCGGAGGGGUACACGGACGUGAAUGGGGAGAAGGCGGUGCCAAAGGACGAGGUGGAGUGUCCGUCCCCAGGGUGGGUUUGGGAAGAGGUGGAGUGGAGCGAAGAUCUCAACAGGGCCGUGGAUGAUCAAGGCUGGGAGUACGGCAUCCCCAUCCCUCCGGACCGCCGGCCCAAGUCCUGGGUGCCGGCAGAAAAGAUGUACCACACCAACCGGAGACGCAGGUGGAUACGAAUGAGACGGCGGGACCAGCAGAAGAUGGAGGCUCUCCGGAAGCACCGUCCGGACGAGGCGGAGAGGGAGGGCUGGGAGUACGCCUCGCUGUUCGGCUGGAGGUUCCACCUGAAGCCGAGGAAGACGGACAGCUUCAGGAGGCGCAGGUGGAGGUACCGCAUGGAGCCGCUGGAGAAGACGGGACCGGCCGCCAUCUUUGCUCUGGAGUGUUCCCUGAGCACCAUAGAGGACAAGAACGAAGACAAGUCCGUCACCACCACGUUCGGAGUCAACAGACCGACCAUUUCCUGUUUCUUUGACCGCGGAACCCGCUACCACCUGCGCUGCUACCUGUACCAAGCCAGAGACCUGCUGGCCAUGGACAAAGACAGCUUCUCAGACCCCUACGCCAUCGUCUCCUUCCUCCACCAGUCCCAGAAAACGGUGACGGUGCGCAACACCCUGAACCCCACGUGGGACCAGACGCUCAUCUUCUACGAGGUGGAGAUCUUCGGCGACCUGGAGGCCACGAUGGCGGCUCCGCCCAACGUGGUGGUGGAGCUGUACGACCAGGACACAUACGGGGCGGAUGAGUUCAUGGGCCGCUGCGUGUGCCGGCCCUCCCCGACCUCCCCGCCGCGCCUGGCCUGGUUCCCCGUCCGCAGACAGGACAGGAGCGCCGGCGAGCUGCUGGCCGCCUUCCAGCUGAUCCGCAGAGAAAAGCCGGCGGUUCAUCACAUCCCGGGUCAGGAGGGAGACUUCCUGACCUCCAGCCACGUUCUGGACGAGCUGAUGUUUCCAGGGUUCCUCCCUGAGAGCCUGCAGCAAUGGCCGGAGGAGUCGGACCUCCCCCCGCCGCCCUCUCAGAGGGAACCCAACGUCUUCGUGGUCCCUCAGGGGAUCAAACCCGUGCUGCAGAGGACCGCCAUCGAGAUCUUGGCGUGGGGCGUCCGCAACCUGAAGAGCUUCCAGCUGGCCAGCAUCACCUCCCCGAGCCUGCAGGUGGAGUGCGGCGGCGUCACGGUCCAGAGCUGCGUCAUCCGCAGCGUGAAGAAGAAGCCCAACUUUGACGUCAACACGCUCGUCCUUGAUGUGAGGCUUCCCCGCGAGGAGCUCUACAUGCCGCCCAUCGUCAUCCGAGUCAUCGACAACCGCCAGUUCGGGAGGAAGCCCGUGGUCGGCCAGUGCACCAUCCGCUCGCUGGAGGAGUACCGGUGCGCCCCGGCCCCGGGGGGGGCGGAGGAGGAGCAGGAGCAGGAGGAGGAGGAGCAGCAGCAGUGGAGACGUGAGACGCCCCAGCUCGUCGGCGGGGAGGUUUUCAUCGACAUCGACGACGAGGAGCCGCUCGUGGCCGACCAGCUGGCGGACGGAUCCGGCUCCGCUAUCAUUAACCUUUCCGCCUCUUGUUCCAGCCUCCAUGAGGAGGAGUUCAUGGACUGGUGGAGCAAGUUCUACGCCUCGACCGGGGAGAAGAAGAAGUACGGCACGUACCUGGAGAGAGGCUUGGACACGCUGCAGGUGUACGAGCGGGAGUUGGAGAAGGUCGAGGGCUUCGAGGGCCUCUCUGAUUUCUGUCAGACUUUCAAGCUGCAAAGAGGAAAGACUCAGGAGGACGGCGAGGACCCCUCAGUGGUGGGCGAGUUCAAGGGCAUGUUUAAGAUCUACUCGCUGCCGGACGACCCCUCCGACCCCGCCCCCCCCCGGCAGUUCAGGAAGCUCCCUCCCAACGGCACCGAGGAGUGUUUGGUCCGGGUCUACGUCGUCCAGGCUCAAGGGCUGCAGCCCAAAGACGCCAACGGGAAGUGUGACCCCUACGUGAAGAUCACUUUGGGGAAAAAGACCGUCAGCGACCACGAGAACUACAUCCCGAGCACGCUGGAACCCGUCUUUGGAAAGAUGUUCGAGCUCCACUGCUCCCUCCCGAUGGAGAAGGACCUCCGGGUGAUGCUGUACGACCACGACAUGCUGACCAAAGACGAGAAGAUCGGAGAGACGCUGAUCGACCUGGAGAACCGCUUCCUGUCCCGACACGGCGCCGCCUGCGGCCUGCCGCAGUCCUACUGCGUGUCCGGGAUAAACCAGUGGCGCGACCAGCUGACGCCGCGGCAGCUGCUGCACCGAGUGUGUGAGCGCCGCAACCUGAGAAAGCCCGUCUACCAGGAGGACGCCGUCCUCUUCAGGGGAGACCGCUACACCGCCGCCGAUCUGGUGGAGGACAAAAACGUGUCCAAACGCCACCUGGGUCCACUGAAGGAGCGACUGUCCCUCCUCAUCUUGAGGAAGCUGGGACUUGUCCCGGAACAUGUGGAGACCAGAGUUCUGUACAGCCCCCUCCAGCCUGACAUAGAGCAGGGGCGGCUGAUGAUGUGGGUGGACCUGUUCCCCAAAUCGCUGGGACCCCCCGGCCCCCCCUUCAACGUCACGCCGCGCAAGGCUAAGAAGUUCUUCCUGCGCUGCAUCAUCUGGAACACCAGCGACGUCAUCCUGGACGACGUCAGCGUGACCGGGGAGAGGAUGAGCGACAUCUACGUCAAGAGCUGGCUGGACGGCCACGAGCACAACAAGCAGAAGACGGACGUCCACUACCGCUCUCUGGCUGGGGAGGGAAACUUCAACUACAGGUUCCUGUUCCCCUUCCACUACCUGCCUGCAGAGCAGCUGUGCGUGGUCGACCGCAAGGAACACUUCUGGAGUCUGGACAAGGCCGAGACCAAACUGGCUCCAAAGCUCACCCUGCAGAUCUGGGACAACGACAAGUUCUCCUUCGACGACUACCUCGGUCACCUGGCGAUGGACCUGAACCGCAUGCCGCGUCCGUCCAAGUCGGCGGAGAAGUGCAACCUGCGGCUGCUGGAGAGGCUGCCGCAGGUGUCCCUCUUCGAGCAGAAGACGGUCAAAGGCUGGUGGCCCUGCACCUGCGAGCAGAACGGACAGAAGGUCAUCGCGGGGAAGGUGGAGAUGUCCCUGGAGAUCGUGACGGAGCAGGAGCACGAGGAGAGGCCCGCCGGCGUGGGCAGAGACGAACCCAACAUGAACCCCCACCUGGAGGAGCCUCAGCGUCCAGAGACCUCCUUCCUGUGGUUCUCCUCCCCCUAUAAGACCCUCCGGUUCAUCCUGUGGAGGCGGUUCAAGUGGUACAUCCUCAUCGGCAUCCUUCUCUUCCUCCUCCUCCUCUUCCUCGGCGUCUUCCUCUACUCCUUCCCGAACUACGCCGCCAUGAGGAUGGUGGCGCCUUUCGGGCCCGCGAAGGCUGCAGAGUGAUGAAGAAGAUGAUGAUGAAGAUGUUGAGAGAGACGAGCUAAAGAACAACGUCCAGUGUGAAUUCAGUCUAAAUUGAACUGAUUUAUUCUUCUUCCUCUUCUUUGAACGGAUUCUUUGAUCUUGUUGAAGUUGUGAGUAAUAAAUGUGUGUGUGUGUGUGUGUGUGUGUUUCCUCCUCACUGUACUGGAUGCAUCCUCUGCAUGUUUUAGGGCUCCAAAGGUUCAACCUUUGUGAAGAAGAACCUGAAAGAAUCUCUGAAUCGUCUUUACGGUGCCUUCAGGUGCAAUCUGAAAUCAGAGAUAUGUUCUUUUCCUCUUCCUUUAUCGAUGCUCUCCCGUUCUCCUUCCUUUCCUUUGUUUCCUUAUCUCUCCUCCUUACUUCCUCUGCGUGUCUUUCGGGCCUUUUGAGAAUGUUCUUUGCUUACUUCCCCUUCUUCUUUGCUUUUUCUUCUCCUAGACAUUAUUAUUACAUAUAUUAUAUCACGUAUUUAAAAGAGCUUUUCACGUCCUGCUGGUGUGAAUCAACCAGCAUGGUCAUUGGACAACUUGAUUUGACAAUCGCCUGCCUUUAUUGGUAAAAGAAGCUGUGUUUUCCCCGAUGUCUUCCCAGCCAGUGAAUGCACCGUGCCUUUAGCCUCCCGCUUUGUGGCCUUUACAUCCGUAACACUCCUUCUCAUGUGACGUUAGUUCUGACUUCCAGCUGCCUUCAUGGAGCUUGUUGCCGUCUCAGUGAAGGUUGACUUGUGGAAAUGUCUCUUUAAAGGAAUAGUUUGACAUCCCAUUGUCAUAAAUAUUAGGAACAUUUGACAAAAUGUCAAACUGUUUCUCCAGUGGACGAGUGAAUGUAGGCCCUCUGAAUUAAUACCAAAAGUCCAAAACAUAACUAACAAAGUUUUAUAUGCUCAAAAAUGCAUGUUUACUAAUCUCUAAAGACGUGCAUUUGGAACUGCAAACAAAUUGGUUUUAGAUCCGUGUCAAACUGUUGUUAUUGUAAAAGGAAGUUGAACAUGACUCACAGUAUUGAUGAUAUUUCAAUGUAUUUUAGUAGAAACAGGCUGGAUAUAUUCCCCCAAAACAUGUAUUUGAACUCAUAUCUACAAUAAGCAAUACUCUGUGCACCGCAUUGUGUCGAUAUUAUCAAUAAAACUGCAAUUCUG